AGUGACAGGUUAGUAGGGGGAGGUGCAGUUAUUGCGUUUGCGCAGUAGUGAGUUGGAAACAUCGUAUGCCAGUGCUGUGAAAGUGCCUUUAAACUGUGACACGAAAAUGAAGUUGAUCUUCCUCUUCGUGGUGCUGGUCACCAGUAGUAUAUCGCAAGGGGCGGUGGACGUUGAAAAAACAGUAAAACAAGUUGAAAAAAUAUUAAAAACAAACACAUUACUACCGAGAUUAACACGAGAUGAAAUAUUGCAACUAUUAAAUGAUUUAAGAGAUGAAGAUGCGAAAAACACGAUAUCGCUUAAUAACAUAGGAAACGAAGAAAUUAAAAACCAAGAAAGUACAACAAUACAGACGCAGGUGUCAAAUACAACUGCUCCACCAUCAACAACAACUAGUAGUGUGGAAAGUACAACUAAAAGUAGCACUAAACUAGCAGUAGUCCUCCCAUAUACUCCUCGAGAUGGAUCAUCGUUACAAGAAUUGUAUACAAGACCACCACGUGUUGAAAUAGUACCAGAACCUAAAGUAACAAAGAGACCAGCAACAAAUCCAAAAACAAAAGAAAACUCCAAACCAAACAAUGUAAAUGACAUCUUCAAACAAGACUUUCCAGCUGAAUUACAAGCAUUUCUUAAUGCGCAUGGUUUAGAAGGUAAACCGGGACAGGACAACUUUUUAUUACCUCUAGAUGGUUUUAAGCCUUUACCACCCCCAGCUAAAGUUGUAGAUGGAUCCAUAGAAUUACCCGAAAGCAUAUUAUUAGCUUAUGAUUUGAUAUCACCAUCCAGUAAGUCUACAACUAAAAAUAGUGCUGUGUCUCAAACCAAUUUCUUAUAUGAUCCUUUACCACCCCAAUACCCAUUCGAAUUAGACACAUCAUCAUCUGAAACAAAAGAUACGAUACUUCCUUAUGAUAUGCCAAAACAGCGAAAACCAAAAGCAGUUACCCCAACGCUAAACUAUGAGCCUGUAGAUUACGAUUCGGUAAAAGUUAUACCACUAAACAAGGGUCCAAGUCCAAUAGAUGAUGAGAAAAUAAUUUUCAAUAUAGAACAAAACAAGAGGCAGACUAAUGAUAGUACGAAUAAUGAAGAUUCUACUGAUAUAGUUACAACAGAAGUACCAACUACUGUAACAAGUGAGGUUAAAGAUGCCGUACCCGCAGCAGACAAUGAUCAAGGGGCGUCGAUUUCUGAUCUUGAAGAUUCUUUCGGAGGUGCAGCACCGGUAGAACCUGGUGACUCCGUACUACCGCCACCACGGAAAAAUGGAUUUUAUUGGAUGUUAGAUUGGAACAGUUUUCUUGAAGUAGGCGAUGGUGAUUCGAAAGUAAACAUUCGUUUUGAACCAAAAUUAGGAGAUCCACAAAUGUUUUUACCAGUAAACGUUCCUUGAAAUACGAAUUCCUUUUCGAAUGCGAUACAUCUGAGUAGUUGUCUAGUCUGAUCUGGUUUAAGUAACUCAAUAGCUUUCUCUAAACUAUUUCUUAUUCUACUCCAAAGGUUACUGCCAUAUUAAUUGACAAGAAAAUUUAAUUAAAUAUCUUUGCAAUGAACAUAAUAAAAAGAGCUUGUAUAUAUAAAAAAAAAACAAAUUAGUAUUUAAGUAUAGAAUUACAUGGUAAAUAUUAAAGUGGAUGGUAAAGUACUAGUAAAAUUAGUAUAAGAUGUACCAAAAAAUUAUUGUACGGUUUGUAUUUUAUAAAUAAAAUAAUUUACAAAUUAAAA